AUGGCAGGCUGGUUCGGGCUAGGCCGAGUCGCCUACUUCGCCCUCUUCAUGGUCAACGCCGUCGCCGUCCUAAACAAAGAGCGCUUCCUCGCCCCCCUCGGCUUGACCACCUCGCACUUCCACCAGCAGCAGCAGGCGGCGUUUGCGCAGAACAGCGCGUACGGGGCUGGAUUCGACAGCUACGGGAUGCCACAGGGGAAUAUGAGUGGAGGAGGGGGAGAACCGGGCAUCAAGAUGAGGGCGGUUCAGCUGGUAGAUGCUGUCCGGACGUUGAUGCGGAUCCCACUCAUCCCGAUCAACAUCCUCGUCGUCGUCUACCUCAUCCUCUUCGGUUGA